GGAACGCCUCUACAGAGGAGCCACGGCCUCCAGGGCAGGGACGAGCUUUCCCUGGGAGAGAGGAAGCUUCCCAGAGGGGCCACCAUGGGAGCCAAGUUGUCUGGACAGCCUCUGACCUCACAAUACCCACUGGGCCAGCCUUACAACUUGCAAACUCUGGCGCCCCCCUCCAGCCCGGGCAAGGCCCGGGGCCCUGGGCAGCCUCCAGGUGCAGUGCCAUCCCGCAGGCCACACCCUUCCCGCUGCCCUGGGGCAUGUCUCUACUCACCAAUUACGAGGGGCUUCGGCAUCAGAUCGAGAGGCUGGUGCGGGAAAACGAGGAACUGAAGAAGCUGGUGCGGCUCAUUCGGGAGAACCAGGAGCUCAAGUCGGCGAUCAGGAUGCAAGCGGGUGCCCUGGGCAUCAGCGGGUUCAGCAGUGGGGUCGGUGAAGCGCCACCUGGAGCUCCUCAACGCCAGGGUGCCUUCCUGCCCCAGGCGCCAGCCGCGGCCAACGACCCUGCCGCGGAAGAAGUGGGGGUGAGUGGGCUGCCGUCCACGGCUGACAUACUGAACAGCCCGCAGCUCAGCCCCACCGCCGUCAGCAUGCUGCUGCCCUCCCUCGGGCCCAUGACGCAGAGCAGUGCGCUCACCAACCUCCUGGGCAGCCCCCUGGGCAACCACCUCACCAGCCCCUUGGCAGUGUCCGUGCCGAGCCUCAUAGCCAGCGCUCUGGGCCUGCCCUCCACCGGCUCCCUGUCGCCACACAGCGGCUCCAUGAUGGUGCCCCCGGGGGGCACGCCGACCAGCUCCCUGGGCCUGCCCACCGGCUCCCUGACACCACACGGCGGCUCCAUGAUGGUGCCCCUGGGGGGCACGCCGACCGGCUCCCUGGACCUGCCGACGACCGGCUCCCUGGCGUCAAGCAGCCCCCUGGUGGGCCCCCAGUUCACCUCCACCACCGCCCCUCCAGGUGUUUCUCAGAGCCUUCUGGCCAACCCCAUGACCAAUGAGGCCCCCCGGGUGCGGCUGGCAGAGCCCCUCCAAGGAUCCACCUCUGGACCCCAUCCCUCCCCUGGCACCACGGGGCCUGCUGCCACCGGCAAAAGUAAGUGGUGGGUGCGGGGGGCGGGGGUGUCCCUGCCAGGCCGGUCCCUGGUCCCACCUCGCCCUUACCCUCCUCCCCUCCUUUCUGCCCCACCUUGUCAACCAGUCCCACUCUCCACCGAGCACCCCCAGCCGAGCCAGGACCCCGAGUCCUUCAGCGUGACGUUCGUGGGUGGGCCCAUCAUGACCUCCACCCCCGUCGGCGCUGUGGGCACGCCGGGCUCCGCGACCACCUUCUCCUUCGGCACCUCAGAGAUCCAGACUCAGGCGGGUGCCCCUCGGGGACAAGCAGCGGCUGGCCUCGUCCCCACCUCCCCAGCUCUCUGCCCCAUCCUCCCCCACACCCCUGAUCCUGCUCCCCCCGCUGCCACCGCUCACAGCCCCUCAAACACCGUCCACAUGGCCCAGGGCGCCACCCACUCCGCCACCCAAGUGAACCACUCCAACACCCGGCCCGCACCCACCUCCCACACCCCACCCCGCACCACCUCCUCCCCGGCUUCCGUCAACGGCCCACGCUGCUCCGAAACGUCUCGGAAGAGCAACCUGGAACUGGAGCGGAAGCUGGCCCACCGCAAGAUCAGCAAGUUCCCUGAGACCCCCCGAGGUCGGUGCUGUCCCCGGGUGGACUCCGGUCUGGGGGCUCCUGGCCACCCUCGGAGACCCCUCCAGGUGCCUGCCUGGGCUAUAGACCACGCCACUGCCCACCCCCUCCACCCCUUGCCGUUCCCAGAGCCGAAGCAGCUGGCCUUGGAGAGGUUGGUGGGCGAGAUCGCGUUCCAGCUGGACCGCAGGAUCCUGUCCAGCAUUUUCCCGGAGCGCGUGCGCCUCUAUGGCUUCACCGUCUCCAACAUCCCCGAGAAGAUCAUCCAGGCCUCCCUGAACCCCAAUGACCACAAGCUGGACGAGGAGCUGUGCCAGACGCUCACCCAGCGCUACGUGAGCAUCAUGAACCGGCUGCAGAGCCUGGGCUACAACGGGCGGGUGCACCCGGCGCUGACGGAGCAGCUGGUGAAUGCCUACGGCAUCCUGCGGGAGCGGCCGGAGCUGGCCGUGUCCGAGGGCGGCUCCUACACCGUGGACUUCCUGCAGCGCGUGCUGGUGGAGACGGUGCACCCCAGCAUGCUCACCGACGCGCUGCUGCUGCUCUCCUGCCUCAGCCAGCUGGCGCACGACGAUGGCAAGCCCAUGUUCAUCUGGUGACGUGCCGGCUGCCCCACCGGGCCCUGCCCGCCGGCCCAGCUCCCCACCGUACACAUUAAAGAUUCCCACUGAUGCUGGCCGCUGGGCCUGCCCGCACGCCUGGCCGUGCUGCUUCCUUGGGCGGUUCCCAGUGCCCGCUCCCCUUUGCCCGGUCGGUCCUGCUGGCCCUGGGGCAGCUGCCUGGCCGAGGGGGGGGUAUCAGAAGGCCCAAGGUUCCCCUGGCCUGGCCGUGGGCACAGUGAGAGGCCCUGGGACUCCAGGGGAGGAGCAGGAAGCAGGAAGGAGCCCAGUGGCAGGGAAGGGCUGUGGCAGUGCCUGCACGCUGGCGACAGAUUGGAGCGGAGGCCUGGGCGCCUUGCAGAAGGCAGACUGGACGCGAGAGGAGGAUGUGGCUGCGGGAGUUCCUCCCUCUGGGCCAGGCAGGGAGGAAGGGGGAUUCUGGACCCCCUUGAGGGCAGGGGGACCUGAGAGGAGGGAAGGGAACCAGGAGAAAGCCCUCCGUAGACCUGGCACCGGUGGCCCAGGGAGGUGGGACCCAUUCCCAAGGCAC